UAUGUGUAUAUAUACAUGACAUACAGAAUGUGUGUGUCAGUCACUGACACAAUCCAUCAAGUGUAGUGCGGCCACUGUAUUCGUGGCUGUGCAUCUCAAGGUGUUUCUUGCCAUCCGACCACACUCGUUCCAGAUUCAUCUCUCCGAUGGCAUCCCCUGAGUCGAAAUCGCCCGAGCAAUCUGAAAAAAACCGUAAAUACGAUCGACAAUUGAGGUUAUGGGGCGAUCAUGGUCAAGCAACCUUGGAGGCUGCUCAUGUUUGUGUUAUAAAUGCUACUGGACUUGGCACGGAAAUACUAAAAUCGUUAGUGCUUCCAGGUAUAGGGGCGUUCACUAUAGUUGAUGGCAAGAAGAUCACUGACGAGGAUAUCGAAGCUAACUUUUUUCUAGAAGCAGAUAGUCUUGGGAAAUCUAGAGCGCAAGUGGCUACUCAAAUGCUCUUAGAAAUGAAUCCAGAUGUGACUGGUGAUUAUAUUGAUGAAGAAUCUGAACAAAUUUUAUCCAACAGUCCAGACUUUUUCAAUAAUUUUACUAUGGUUGUGGCGACUGCACUAACUGAGAAAACAUUAGUUCUCCUGUCGAAGAGACUUUGGGAAUUGAAUAUUCCUUUGAUAGUAUGCAGAAGUAUAGGUUUUAUUGCAUAUAUACGAAUUCAAGUAAAGGAGCAUACAGUUAUAGAAACCCAUCCAGAUAAUGAAACGCCAGAUUUACGUCUGGAUAGACCAUUCGAUAGUUUAAAAAAACAUAUAGAUUCCAUAAAUUUAGAAGAAAUGAGCUUCAAAGAUCAUUGUCAUGUACCAUACUUAAUUAUUUUGUACAAAUACUUAGAAAAAUGGGUUACGAAGCAUGGCACCUUACCGAAAACUUAUAAAGACAAGCAGCAGCUCAGAGAUAUGAUAAAGAGUGGCAUGAGACGUGAUGAAAAUGAUUCAUCCAAUAAUGAGGAAAAUUUUGAGGAAGCUAUGAAGGCUGUAAAUAAAUGUAUAAGAGUAUCCGAUAUUCCCGAUAGUGUUAUAAAUAUUUUAAAUGAUGAUCGAUGCGUUAACUUGACAGCGAAGAGCAGCUCUUUCUGGAUUAUUGCAAAAGCAGUACGUGAUUUCAUCGAUAAUGAAGGAAGAGGACUGCUACCACUCAAGGGUACUAUUCCCGAUAUGACUGCGGACACUGAAAAAUAUGUUACUCUUCAACAAAUUUAUCAUAAACAAGCAUCGGUAGAUGCAGAAGCUGUAUGGAGGCGCACUUUGCAAUUGUUACGUCAAUUAGGAAGAUCAUCAGAUUCAAUCUUAGAAAAAGAUGUCAAAUUGUUUUGCAGACAUGUCGCUAAUAUUCAUGUAGAGAAAGGAAGUUGUAUAGCAGAUGAAUAUGAUCCUAAAGUUUUUGAUACUAAUAUUAUAGUUCAAAAUUUAGAAAAUCCAGAGAGUAUGAUGAUUUACUAUGUCAUGCUCCGGGGAGUAGAUAAAUUUCAGACAGAAUAUAAUUCGUAUCCUGGCGAAUUCGAUGAUCAAGUGGAACCCGAUAUCGUAAAACUUAAGACAUGCCUCACAAAAUUGUUGAGUGAAUGGGGAUGUGGUCCAUUAGCGAAAGAUGAUUACGUACACGAACUUUGCCGAUUUGGUGGUGCGGAAUUACAUUCUGUUUCCGCAUUUCUAGGCGGCUUAGCAGCGCAGGAAAUCAUUAAGCUUAUUACGAGUCAAUAUAAACCAAUUCACAAUACUUUCAUCUAUGAUGCUGUUACAUCAAAUUCAGGAACAUUCUUUUUUUAAAACUGGACUACUAUGUGAAAAGAAAAAUUUGUGUUAAUUAAAGUAAUAAUAUAAUCUUAUAAUUUUUAUUAAUGUUUCAUGAAUUCUCUUUAAUUCGCUCAAAUUAAGAUGGCUUUCACAUGUAUUAAUGUUAUUACUAUCUUUUUUCUAUUCCACUUAUUAUGUUUUGUACAUGAUUCUAAAAUUGAGUUUUAUGCGUAAAAAGAAAUAUGAAGUAAAUUUC